AUGAAAUCAGGCCUCAACUGUGCACCACAAAUAGGCACACUUCAUCGCAUUGACGGCCCGCCGAAUCUCAACCACCAAGUUCCACUUUUCUCAUCAGAUUCUGACAAGAUUCAGGCACUCGGCAUGCCGAAGUUGGGCUCCAGACAACCCUCCUUGUUCAACUGCCAACCCGACAUUUCAGCGCCUGGCGGCUGUACCGACGCUGUACCCAAUCAGUCCUCACGCAUACACCGGUUGCCUAGGUUUUUAGUAGGACUCUUCACUGCACCGUCGCCCGCCACCCCGGCCGAUGUACAGUCGCCCGGGUCAACGCGGGUCCUUGCUAAGAAGAUGCAUUCAUCCCGACCGACAGUGGCGAUGAAGAACCCACCUCGCGCCUUGACGAGUCAGGCCGUCAGCAUGACCAUCGGCCCCGGUGAUAAACCGGGGACCACAGGGCCUGGAGGCACGCUUCGGGCCACCCUGGAACCCGGCUUCCAUCCGCACCAUGAGCUGCGCCAGGUGCAAGAGGAGGAAGAGGAAGAAGAGGCCGAGGGGCAGAACAGCGAGUCAGCGGGUCGGCUUGGCAAUCUCCCUGGCCAGACGACUCUGAGCAACAAUUGUGGCUGCCACCGUGACCAGGCGACCAGGUCCCGGCAGCCGAAUAACUCUAAUCUCGAAAUUGGUCAGUGCCAAAUUUAG